GCCAUGGCGCCAUGGAUCAUUCCCUCGCACGCAAAAGUGAGUGAUUCAGAUGUAUGCUGUCAUAACAAUUGUCAAACGACGUCAGCCUAUAUAGCCCCGUGUGCCUUUCUCCUGAUACAGCAGUGCCUUAAGUAGUCGGUGCCUUCGCCUCUUCCUUCUCUCUCUCUCUCCCUCUCCCUCUCUCUUCUCUGACUUUCUCUCUUUCUCUCUCGCAGGUCUCUCAGAGAGAGAGAAGGGGACCUCCCUCACUCAGCCAUCACAUUGCCAUCACAUUCAGCCAUCUCUUCUGCUUCUCCUGAAGCAUGAGACGCACAUCCUGCACUUAGCUUCAGAUAUGCGUCGAUCCCUUUGACAUUGUCUCCACGUUUUUGCUCACGUGGAGUGCGUUCGGUCUGGUUCACAGAUCUUGACACUAUCACUCUCGACGGUCUGAGAGUGAUCAUGAUGAAUUCCGUGGUCUAUGCAUUGGCGCUGCUCUGCUGUGGAGCAGGCCUGGCCCUGGCCGGCGAAGGACCGUAUGCAGUUUUCUCUUGGACCAAAGCGCAUGCCACCUUUUAUGGAGGUGAUGACGCCCGCGGCACUCAAGGAGGAGCUUGCGGGUAUGGGAACAUGUACACGAGAGGAUAUGGAGUGAAGACGGUGGCGCUGAGCUACACGGUGUUCAACGAGGGGCUGACGUGCGGAGCGUGCUUCCAAAUCAAGUGCGAUCUGAGCAUGAAGCCGCGCUGGUGCUACGCCAAUGGCGGCAUCAUCACCGUGACCGCCACCAACUCGUGCCCGCCCAACUGGGCCCGCCCGACCAACAACGGCGGCUGGUGCAACCCUCCGCGCGUGCACUUCGAUCUCUCGUACCCCAUGUUCGCCCAGCUCGCCCAGAAAGUCGCCGGCAUCAUCCCCAUCCAGUACAAGAGGGUGAAGUGCGUGAGGAGCGGAGGAAUUCGGUUCACGAUCAACGGGAACCCCUACUUCAACAUCGUGCUGGUGCACAACGUGGGAGGCUAUGGAAACGUGGUGACGCUGUACAUCAAGGGCACGAACAGCCCGUGGUUCAAGAUGAAGCAGAACUGGGGCGCGAACUGGGAGGAUCACAACAAGCUCACGAACCAGAAGCUGUCGUUCAAGGCCACGCUGGGCACCGGCGAGACCAUGAUCUUCAAGGACAUCACCGGCACCUACUGGAGCCACGGCCAGACCUACGAAGCCAACAACAACUACUACUAGUCGCAGCAGCAGCAGCAGCAGCACCCACCCAGCUCGUCCGUCGACUCCAUAUUCAUCUGUCACUCGUCAGAACUCGAAUUUGCCUCGAAGAAUUUCACAGAUCGGUGAAUUCAUCCGAUCUCCGCCGAGGAUAACGCGGCCCGUGUACCGUCCCUCGAUCGAUCGAUCGACGAGAAGGGUCGAAUAAAAGAUCAUAAGCGAUCGAUGUCCCGCGAAUUCGUCGUCUCACACGAGCUCGGGACGAAUCAUCGUAUUUAAAAGAACAGAUUUUAGCUGUAGGAUCGUCAGCUGGAGGCGAGGGAGGCGGUCCGCUGAACUAACAAAUGAUCUCUUUGUCAGGUCGAAGAUUUUGUGGCGACUGUCGAGCCAGUUUAGAGCUUGCCUCGGGCCCGAAAGAGCCCGAAAUUUAACUUCUUUCGCUUCCAUUCAUUCCUUCCUUCAUUCCUUGAUUUAAUUGUGCUCCUCGUCUCGUCUCGUCUCGUCUCGUCUCGUGGAGCAUUCGUUCACUCCUGCUCCGAGCUUUUUGCCUCCGCCUCGGCAGGACCGUGUAUUUUAUUUCUUCUAUAGCCUUGAAGAUUAAAAAGUUUGAUGGGCCUCGUCCCCAU